AGACGCUGUUGGGGAGAAGCUGGCUGAUGUGGGUUCGCAUCUCUUCUGCAUAGUUUUUUCCGUGUUUCCAUUUUGCUCUCGAUCCGUGCGUCUCGUUACCAUCCUAUCGAAUACGUACCUCAGAGUUAUCAAAAGAAAGCAAAGUUACUACUCUUUCUGUUGUGGGAUUUUCAGUUUUGUGUAAACGAGAUUAUUGCUGACCCCUGCGAUUCUACACCCCCUCCUGCACACACACAUACACUCAAAACGCACGCUGAUUCGACCUGUCUUACUCGUUUGAACGCUGUAAAACAUGACAGAAGCAGACGGACACUUGUCGGACGGUGAGAUUGUGGAAGAAGGAGAGAUUGUUGACGGAACAGAUUCGGUACCCGUGGCGGCAUUGGAACACUCGGAAAAUGGUCCGAUUCGAAACGGGAAGCGGAAGAGCCCUCAGAGUGGACAGAGUGAUUGCGAAAGUACUCGGAACGAUGAUGGGUCUUCCAUGGGUUCGCCACCGCCAAAGCUCCGACGGGUGGAGGGCGUGGAAGAAGGGCUUUUAGAAGAGGUAACGUCUCAGGAUGUAAUGGACACGGCCGAUGCCCAAGAUCACAGCGAAAGCGUGAAAGGUGAUGAUAGGGAUAAGAGUAAGCACCGUGAUAAACAUCGUGACAAGAAGAAACGAUCGUCAAAGCACAGACAUCGAUCUUCGUCCCGUCAUCGACAUCGCGGCAAGUCAAAGGAAAGUCAUAAAAGGGACGAUCACCGCACUGACCGUCGACAUAGGAGCCGUAGUCGUCAUCGUCACGGAAGCCGGGAUGCGGACCGUAGAGACACCUCUCGACAUCGUCACGAGUACAUGCCUGACCGACGCAUGUCUAUCGACAACUCUUCUUAUUAUGAGCAGGAUGACAGGAGAUCAGGGCGCUCAGUGGAGCGGUCGAAUGGAUACCACGGCGACAGAUAUGAUCGAUACCGGGACGAAGGUCGUGACGGGCGUGAUCGUGGGCGGGACCUUAGUCGAGACGCGAUAGAUCGAGGCCGACGAUCCGAUGCCAUGUCACCCAGGUCAUAUGAUAAAAGGUCACCGCCCCGUCGGUCGUCUGUUGAACGGGAAGCUAAACGGCGAAAGGCCAGCCCGGAGCCUGCACCAGUUCAAGCCGCAGAGGAGACAGUUGAGUUGGCAUUUGGUGAAGAUGAAGAGCAGCGGCUCAUUGAGGAGCGUCGAAAGAGGAGACAAGCCAUAUUACAAAAGCAUCAAUCAGAAGGAAAUCUGAGGCAUUCCGAAACGCCAACGACACCUAGAUCCCCUGCAGCGCCCGUCAGGGCCGAGUCCAAACCCGAUAUACCACAAGAAGACGACGUUUUCUCCCUCCUAAAAGACGACGAAACAUCUUCUAAAUCCGAUACCCCCGCCGACGACAUUUUCGCCGCGGACUACGACCCCAACGCCGAUAAACUUGCCGACCAAGUCAAACUCGCUCAGCGAAACCUAUCCAAAGCCGCCAAGAAUGAGUUGUUGCAUACCAAGGAUGCGCGGGAACGAUUAAAGGAUGAUGGGGAAGAUGCUUUUGCGGCUGAUUAUCGUGAAACGGGGGAAGAGACAAAGGAGCCUGAUGUGGAUGACAUGUUUGCUGUGGAUGAUAUGUUUGCGCCUGAAGAUGAGUUUAAGAAGAAGAAGGAAAAUGCGCAUAUUCUCGAAUCGGCUCCUGUUAUGCGAUCUUCGGAUAACCCUGCCCUAACCGACAACUGGGACGAUCACGAAGGAUACUACCGUGUUAUUCUCGGUGAAGUUCUUGAUGAUCGAUAUCAUGUCUACAGCAUUCUUGGUAAAGGUGUCUUUUCGUCUGUGGUCAAAGCCCAAGACACGAAAAGUGGUGACGCGGACGUGGCCAUCAAACUGAUUCGGAAUAACGAUACCAUGUAUCGAGCAGGUAUCAAAGAAUUGUCGAUACUAAAGAAGCUCAUGGCGGCAGAUCCAGAGGGUAAAAAACACGUGAUACGUUUGAUUCGGCAUUUUGAACAUAAGAAUCAUUUGUGUUUAGUAUUUGAGUCUCUCAGCAUGAACCUGAGAGAGGUCCUGAAAAAAUUUGGUAAGGACAUUGGACUCAACAUCCGGGCGGUCCGGAUCUACGCCCAACAACUCUUCCUUGCACUCUCAUUACUGAAAAAAUGCAAUAUCCUUCACUCGGAUAUCAAGCCGGAUAACAUUCUUGUCACAGAUAGCAAGAGUACACUCAAAUUGUGUGAUUUGGGAAGUGCGAGUGAUGUGAGUGAGAAUGAUGUGACACCGUAUCUUGUCAGUCGAUUUUAUCGGGCACCAGAAAUUAUUUUGGGUCUACCGUACGACUCUGCCCUAGACGUCUGGUCCGUUGGCUGUACCCUGUACGAACUCUACACGGGGAAAAUCCUCUUUCCAGGCAAAUCCAACAAUCAAAUGCUCAAACUGGCCAUGGACCUCAAAGGCCGUUUUCCCAAGCAAAUGCUGCGACGGGGUCAAUUCACGCACCAGCAUUUUGAUGAUGAUUUGAAUUUCAUGGAAGUGUCCUUUGAUCGAAUUUCUGGGAAAGACGUUGUGAAAAAAGUUGUUGUGAAUAAGCCUGUGAGGGAUUUGAAAGCCCGGUUAAUGAGUCGGGUUGCUGAGGGGGAUAAGGCCCUUGUUGCGCUUUUUGUGGAUUUUUUGGAGAAGGCUUUGAUGUUGAAUCCUGAGAAACGGUUGACAGUGCGUGAGGCUUUGGGGCAUCCGUUUUUGGGAGGGCAUGUGUAGUGUGUAUAUAUUAUUUUUUUUUUCGUUUUUAUUUGAACAUAGGUUUGUGGUGUCGUGGGA